CAUUUGCCCUUCAGAAUGUUUGAUGUGGGAGGUCAGCGCUCCGAGAGGAAGAAGUGGAUCCACUGUUUCGAAGGAGUCACAGCCAUUAUUUUUUGUGUUGCACUCAGUGCUUACGACCUGGUUCUGGCUGAGGAUGAGGAAAUGAACCGGAUGCACGAGAGCAUGAAGCUGUUUGACUCCAUCUGCAACAACAAGUGGUUUACCGAGACCUCCAUCAUCCUGUUCCUCAACAAGAAGGAUCUGUUUGAGGAGAAGAUCAGCCGCAGCCCUCUCACCAUCUGCUUCCCAGAGUACACAGGAGCCAACAAGUUCGAUGAAGCAGCCAGCUACAUCCAGACCAAGUUUGAGGACCUGAACAAGAAAAAGGACACCAAGGAGAUCUACACACACUUUACCUGUGCCACUGACACCAAGAACGUGCAGUUUGUCUUUGACGCUGUCACUGACGUCAUUAUUAAAAACAACCUGAAAGACUGUGGUCUUUUCUGAAGGACACUGCGAGACGCACACAGACUACAUGAGAGACUGCAACAGUGAUGUGAUGAUUACUGCUUUUCAUAAUGAAAACCAUAACGGACUUGAUUCCUGCAGGGGGAACCUGAAAGAAAUCCAACAAUCACUGAUGUGCAAACAUCACAUUCUCUGUCUAACAUCUCAUUGUUAUUGUUUGGUUAUACUUUUCCGAAAUGAUCGGGGUUUCUCAAACUAUUCAUGCUGAUCGCCAGUGAAAAGAGCCUCCAAAUUAUCCUCCAAAAGAUUCACCAACAAUCAGAGUGACCUGCCUGUGUUUUGUAAAGUUAAUUCAAUAAAAUGGCGAGCAUAAGUGGAAAAUUAUUUUUGUAAGAGUAAAAUGCUUCACAUUAUGAAUCUGUUUUCCAGUCAUGCAUAGUUUUCAUCAUUAAUGGGGCUUCAGGGAGCAGUUUGAGAACUGCUGAUUUUAUUUGAUUUCUUCUUCUUUUUCUAAUUAUUAUUAUUAUUUAAAUUUUUUUUGUAUUCAGAGUUCAAUUUGAUUUUUAAUAUAGGUUUCCAUUAAUGAGAAGGCAUAGUACAAUGACUUUUAUAUAUACUAGAUAUUAAAAAAAAUUCUCAUUAAUUUAAGUUUACUAAUGGUAUUCUAUGAAACUUGACUGGGCAGAGCUUAUUUUUUAGAAGAAAACACACAGGCAUGGAGAAUGAAAUUGGACGAAGGGAAAAUGCUUUUGUACAGUGUUUACACAAUCAAUAUUCACACUUGUAUUAUAGUGCAUUGUUCUGCAUGACUGCCCAUAGAUUAGCCUGUAUCUCCCACAAACUGAAUAACAUUCCUUAAGUAAUGUCUCUCAAAUAAAAAAAGUAAAAAAAAAAAAGUUAUGUGUCACUUUUAAGAUAUCAACAAUAUUUUAAGUAUUUCUGUCUGCUCCUUUCAUGAGUUGUUCUGUACAGUUUGUUUCAUUCCAGGUCUUUUUACGUAUGUUUGUGCCUUGAUAUCUGUUUACACUUGUUCUUUAGAGACAUGCUGUCUUCAUAGUGUCAGUUAGGGCUAUUUCUACUGCACCUGAGCUCACAUAAACCUCCAUUUGUUGCACACAACACAUGUAAUUGUUCAUUAAUAUCAAGGUGCAUAAAACUCCUUCACUUGUUCAAUGAAAAUAAAAGUUGCGUCACAUGA